UAGUAGGCUAAAGGUAGCUCAUGCUUUACUAACCGAACCCGAGCGAAGCUUCUUUUGCAUUGUUUGCUACCUUCUUGGCUUAUAUGAGGUGAUGCUAAUGUGACUUACUUACUGAAAGAAUAGCAGCAAACAGGUGAGCCAGCCAAUCCCGGUCUAAAUAUACACACUCGUUAAACUUGCCGGGUGGGUUGAGAAGCUGUAGCUAACGUAAGCUAACACUGGCAGCUAUCUGCUUCGGUAACACUGGAACAGUUAAUGCAGAAAAAUGGCUGAGGCUGUUGCAAAAGUGGCCCGGAGGAUUAAUGCUACUGUAGAAGAGGGAAAAGAUAGUGUGGACCUGUCACAAUGCAUGCUUAUUUCUUUCCCAGAGGGAGUGUUCAAGGUCUUGAGGAGUGUCUCAGAAAACAUCCGAGUUAUCACAUUGGCUGACAAUGAGAUGAAGGCCAUUUCUAGCAAGUUCUUUACAACUUUCACUCAGCUCAGAGAACUGGAUCUGCAAGGCAAUGUGCUCACCAAACUGCCUGAUGCUGUGGCUGAAAUGAAGCAUCUGACCAGCAUCAAUCUGGCUAAUAACAAGUUCUCCAUCUUCCCUGAUAAGCUCACUGAAAUACCCACACUGGAGAGGAUUGACCUUCUAGGAAAUAACAUUACUGAAGUACCACUGGAGAAGCUGUCUAACAUGCCAUCGCUGAAGUGGCUGAAUGUGAAGUCAAACCCUCUGGACUCAAACACAAAGUCAGCUCUGCAGUCUCCUCACAAAUUUGACAUUUUGUCAACAGCAGAGACCUAAAAAAAUACAUUAUUAAAUGUAUUUCACCUCCUGUGCUAUGCAUGCUGUGUGCCUUUAAUAACUUAAGUUGUUUACUUUUGCCUGAGGGGUAAAAUACUUGAGGAUAUCACAAUGCUGUACAAGCAAAAGAAAUGGAGAGCUUUGCAAAGAUGCUGACCUCCUUUUUUGACUUUUCUGCCCUGCUGGCAACCCUGCAUCCUCUACGUUUGGAAUCAAGACUUUUGGAAAUGAAAUCACUCAUUCUUGAUAGACCAUUUGACAUAUAUGAUAUCUUUAUUAUGGCUUAUUU